GAGAAGAAAUCUCCAAGGGAGGGGGCUGAAGAACAAAACAAUGACACUGCUCGGAAGGAUUCAAAUACAUUAACGCUUUUUAAAGACUUUUUAAGCGGAAUCGCGCGGAUUUACCUCCCAUUUUAAAGCAAAAGAGUCCGCGGAUGUCCGAGCUUUUGACAUCGACUUGAUGUUGUUUUUGUUGUUAUGUUGUUACAGCUCAGUUGACAGACCGGAGGCUAGCUGCUUUUUUGGCUGUGAACUGUUAGGGCUCGCUGGCUGUCUAAUUACAACUUUUCGUGGACAAAAGUUGAAACUGUCCGUCGAAACUAGCUAGCUCUAAGAUAAGUAUUCCUGUUUGGAUGCCAAAUUAUCUUCCGAGUUUGCUAGCGAGCUGUUGAGGGUCAGUUUGCUAGCUAGCCUGUUGUUAGCAUCAACAUUUGCACAUUCAUCUCUUCAGGGAGAGUUCAUUGUCUUGGUCGGUACAGGCUACCUGUACAGGUUUCUGUAUUAUUUUAGAGUUUUAUUCGCUAACCUUAAGUAUAUUUUAUAUAAUGCUGCAGCUAACUGCUAACUUCAAUGCACGAACAAGCUAACUCUUAGUGGUAAAAAGAUAUCAGUUGUAACUCAAGGAGACGGCUGUUCCUACUUCAUUGCCUCACUGUUAGUUGCACUAAAUUACAUUAUUAAAACAACUUGUGGUGUCUUCAAAUUUUCAAAUUUUUUUCAUGAUGCUAAAACUAAGUUGAUAGUUUGCACAUAUUAUUGUUGAAACUUAUGUUACAGUCAUUGGAUCACCAGGCCUGUUAACAUGCAGCUGUUUUAAGUGAAUUAAGUCAUAGCAUUUGGUCAUUUCAGUUGCCAGUAUUACCAUAUGUUGUGCAUUUUUCAUUAACUGCUUUUGGAAAUAGCUGGUGCUGUUGUCAAAGCUGUUCCAAUAAGCAUUGCUCUGUAUUACUUAUCUUGUAGGAAACGAUGAGUGGGCAUGGCUCAUCUUAUGAAAAGGGAGUUAAUACUAGUCUAAUAUGUCAAGAAAGUUAUGCCUGUGGUGGCUCUGAGGAGGCUGCAUUUGAGUGUGAUGAAUGCAAAAGCCUGCAGUGUGUUCGUUGUGAAUUCAAGCUCCACAGUCAGGAGCGUUUGAAGAACCAUGAGCGGGUUCAGAUAGGUCCUGGGCACGUCCCUUACUGUGACAACUGUAAAGGAGACAAUGGUAAACGCCAUAGAUCUGUGGUCCGCUGCCAGAACUGCAAAGUUAACUUGUGCCAAGACUGUCAGAAACGCACCCACAACGGAGGCAGCAAGAAGAAACACCAGCUCACAUCUUAUCCUCCACCACCUAAACCUGCAGAGGUCAACUCUGUCCAAACACCUGUUCAGCCCGCUGUUCAAAUAGCCGAUGAGAUCAAAUCUCAGAGAGCAAAACUCCUGGAGAAAGUUUUCAGUUUUCUCUUGGUUGAUGAGAAUGAGGAAAUGCAGAUAAAAGAUGAAGCUUCAUUUAUCAAGAGCCUGUGCUGCGACCCCGAUCAGCUGCUGAAGGUGGUGUCCAUCUUCGGUAACACGGGAGAGGGAAAAUCUCACACCCUGAACCACACGUUCUUCAUGGGGAGAGAAGUGUUCAAGACUUCUCCCACACAGGAGUCGUGUACGGUGGGCGUGUGGGCGGCAUUUGACCCCAUCCACAAAGUAGUGGUCAUUGAUACAGAGGGGCUUCUUGGGAACAGUUCCAAACAGGGCCAGAGAACCCGUCUCUUGCUCAAGGUGCUCGCCAUUUCUGACCUCAUCAUUUACCGCACCCAUGCUGACCGUCUCCAUGAUGACCUCUUCAAGUUCCUUGGGGACGCUUCGGACGCCUACUUGAAGCAUUUCACCAAGGAACUGAAGGCCACGACAGCCCGCUGUGGCCUGGAUGUCCCACUGUCCACCCUGGGCCCUGCAGUCGUUAUCUUCCAUGAAACAGUACACACCAAGUUGCUUGGCUCAGAUAAGUCAUCUGAGUCAGUAGAUCGGCUGCUGUUGGAGCGCUUCAGGAAGCUUUCCCGUUUUCCGGAGGCUUUCAGUUCUGUCCAGUACUGGGGCACACAGACUCUCAGCCCACCCACAGACUUUCGUGGCCUGCAGAAUAAACUGGAGCAGCUCCUGGAUAACAACGCCACCCGUUCCCCACGCACCCCUGUGGUCAUCUUCAAAGCCCUGCAGGCACUGAGUGAGCGCUUCAAUGGGGAAAUUGCAGGUGAGCUGGUAGCGCACAGCUGCUUCUUUCCUGAUGAGUACUUCACCUGCUCCAGCCUGUGCCUCAGUUGUGGGUCUGGCUGCAAGAACAGCAUGAACCACUUGGGAGAAGGAGUGUGCCACGAGUCGAAGCAUCGCUGUCGUUAUUCUGCUCAGUAUGAUAAUCGCAUAUACACCUGUAAGGCUUGCUAUGAAGGAGGAAAGGAAGUGAUAGUUGUCCCUAAGACCUCAGCUUCCUCAGACUCUCCAUGGAUGGGCCUUGCCAAAUAUGCUUGGUCUGGGUAUGUUAUUGAAUGUCCCAACUGUGGAGUGAUCUAUCGGAGCCGUCAGUAUUGGUAUGGGAACCAGGACCCCGUGGAUACAGUUGUCCGCACUGAAAUCCAGCAUGUAUGGCCAGGGUCGGAUGGCUUUUUAAAGGACAAUAGCAAUGCAGCACAGCGUCUUCUGGAUGGAGUCAACCUAGUGGCCCAGUCUGUGUCAGAGCUCAGUGUCAAGCCUGCCAAGGCUGUCACCUCUUGGCUGACAGAUCAGAUCGCCCCAGCCUACUGGAAACCCAACUCCCUCAUCUUGGUGUGCCAUAAGUGUCACGCAGUCUUCCAGGACAACGACACCAAGCAUCACUGCCGUGCCUGUGGGGAGGGUUUCUGUGAUGGCUGCUCUUCAAAAGCUGCACCCGUCCCUGAGAGAGGCUGGGGUCUUGCCCCUGUCAGAGUCUGUGAUGUCUGCUUUGAACAGAGAGCGUCAUAUGCAGAGCUGCUAGAAGCAGAGCUUGAGGAGGAAGAAGGUGGAACCCUGGCCAGGAAGGUUGGAGAGGCAGUCACCAACACCAUAGGGGUUGUGGUGACUGCUAUUGACAUCCCACUUGGCCUAGUGAAGGACGCAGCCCGUCCUGCCUACUGGGUGCCUGACCAGAACAUCCUGUCCUGCCACAACUGCCAGCGCGAGUUCACUGCCAAACUGUCCAAGCACCACUGCCGCGCCUGUGGCCAAGGCGUGUGUGAUGACUGCUCCUCAGAGCGCCGGCCGGUUCCAUCCCGGGGCUGGGACCACCCUGUGCGCGUGUGCACCAGCUGCAACCAGAAACCUGGAGAACUUUAACAGGGAUGGCCUUCCUUCCUCAGAGCGCUGAAGAGAACCACUCACUCACUCGGCUCGCAGUCUGUCACUGCUUUACCUCUGUUACUCCUAUGGUUCUAUCUGGUAUCUGUGGCAAGGAAGUUUUUAGGCGUCUAUAUAUAUAUAUAUAUAGAUAUAUAUAUACAUGACAUAUAGCAGAUUCGGGAUCUCAGAGUUCCUGUGGCCUUUGUAGAACAGCCAGACCAUGUGAGUUACUUGACUGAGUGUUAAACCUGCAUUUCCACUCUGAUUAUUCAGAGUGAAUAUUUUGAUUCUUAUAGACACAAAUCCCUAAUUUUACGUUCAAUAAGACUGUUCAGCUAUUUUUCUACUACAAGAAAAUAUAAAAAAAAAAAUAAUUAUCAUUUAAAGAAUAAUACAUAGUUGAGAACCCCAUGGGGUUGGUGUGAUUAGUUUCCAGCAAUUCUUACUAUGAAGCAUUGUUUCUCUGAUGUAGUAUGUGUAAUGGCAAGGAGGUAUUUUAUAUCCAUGCAGGUAUAACUGCAGGCUCCACUGCAUGCUGUAUUGCAACAUUUUAGUUUUUGCACUAAGCCUUUUUCAGCUGUUAUAGGCUGUUGCUUACCAUGGCCAAAACCCAGAUAUCCAGAUGAUCAAGUAGUCUGUCCUAAACUGAGCUGAAAUCUAAGGUCUAGAAUGUGGAUAUCUGGUGUGCCAAAAAUCAUUCAGGUCACUGUGUCUGUGCUGGUAUAAUGUUUAUAUUUUAUCAUGUAAUUUGUGGUUGUAUGAAGACAUAGAACUAUGUUAGAGGAGUGUACAUUUGAAAUGUUGAAAAUUAUUUAUGAAUUGAAGAAAAAAAUAUUACUUAUUGGCACUCUGGUGUGCAUGACAGUCUGAGAGAUCCAUGGCCUUUUGCUUGUUCAGAGGACAGUCUCUGAAUAAACCUCACUGUUUCUUUAACCAAGUGACAUUUUAGUGUAUACAUGUUAUAAAAUGUACGUAUUUCAUGUUCAAAUUUGUUUUCUUGACACCUUGAUUUUAAUUGCUUUUUUUAUAUAUAUAUUUACAGUUGAGGUUCGCUUGGGUGUAUGGAUAUUGUUUUGCAGAACUGGAUAAUUUGUCAAAAUUUGUCUUCGAACUAGUUUUACGUAUUACGUUCACGCCUCCUGGUUUCCGUAGACACAGUCUGACAGGAUAAGGACUCCUUGUUCAGCUCAUCACAGCUAGUAUUUCUGUUAUUUUACAUCCGUUAAUGAAAGGAAUGGUAUAUUUUCUUUUUCUUUUUUGUUUGACAUUAGUUACUGUAUGUAUAUUUGAACAUUUGAACUACACUUUAUCACCAUAGUUUUUUUUUGUGUCUUUCUGCAUUAAAACAGAAAAACAGAGGCUCAAAUGUGGCAACGAUGAGAUAUUGAACCAUAUUUAGUGACUGAGAGCUUUAACUUGUCUUGCAUCAUUACUACUUUUGUGUUAUUGAGUAAUUAGACUGUUACAUGUGGAUAUCAUACAAAGCACAAGGUGAUGCCUUCAACACAUAUGCUUGUAUUUUAUUGUUAAAAAUUAGUAAAAAAAAAAAAAAAGGGUCUUUGUCGAUUGUAAGCUUCGUAGAUAAAGUUAAAUCUCCCUUUGCUCCUUACGUGGAACUUUUUGGUUCUGAUAUAUGAUGAGAAGAUGUUGUGUCUGCCUUGUCUCAAAAUAGAUAUAUCUGUCUGAAUGUGGCAUCACACACACACACGCCCUCCUCUUAGAUGCUAAUAUUGCACAGGAUAGAAUAGGAAAUACAUCAUGUCACAUCACAACAACUUGUGCAGUCUGUUACCUCAGAUAUUUUCCGUGGUGUACAGUGUUUUUCAAUUAGGUCGGGUGCUGCUAUGAACACUCCUCACCUACACACUACAAAUCAAGCAGGAAUGAACGAUGCAUUUCAAACUGUUGGAAACUAACUUCAAACAGUGAUGUGUGGAUACUUGAUAAAUUGGUGGACGAUUUGCAUACGAUUAAAGUUGCAUCAGCUCCCCUCUGUCAAAACGUAAUCUGGAAUUGCCUCCAUGUCUUUAGUGUGUGUGUCUGUGUGUUUUAAAUCUCCAUGUGUCAUACCACUUACUGUACUGUAUGUGGGAGGAAUAGUUGGUGUGCACGCCUGUAUAUUAUGAGCCUUGCUUCCACUCCUCUCCAACACUUCAGCUUCAGAUAAAGUGGGGGAAAAUUACUUGCUUGGUGCUUAUU